AUAGUGUCUGCCGUGCAGUAUUGCCACCAAAAGCAUAUUGUUCAUCGCGAUCUAAAGGCUGAAAAUCUAUUGCUAGAUGCCGACAUGAACAUUAAAAUAGCAGAUUUCGGUUUUAGCAACGAGUUUACAGUUGGAAACAAACUGGACACGUUUUGUGGCAGUCCUCCCUACGCUGCCCCUGAGCUCUUCCAAGGCAAGAAGUACGACGGGCCCGAAGUUGACGUUUGGAGUUUAGGUGUCAUUCUUUACACUCUCGUGAGUGGAUCUCUCCCUUUCGAUGGCCAGAAUCUCAAGGAACUGAGAGAGCGAGUACUAAGAGGGAAAUACAGGAUUCCUUUCUACAUGUCCACAGACUGUGAAAACCUGCUGAAACGUUUCCUGGUGCUAAACCCAACUAAAAGAGGCACUCUUGAGCAAAUUAUGAAGGACAGGUGGAUCAACGCAGGGCACGAGGACGACGAACUUAAACCUUUUGUUGAGCCAGAGCUGGACAUCUCGGACCAGAAGAGAAUAGACAUUAUGGUUGGAAUGGGAUAUUCUCAAGAAGAAAUACAGGAAUCCCUUAGUAAAAUGAAAUAUGAUGAAAUCACUGCUACAUAUUUGCUAUUGGGAAGGAAAUCAUCAGAGUUGGAUGCCAGCGACUCAAGCUCCAGCAGCAACCUUUCACUCGCAAAGGUCAGGCCAAGCAGUGACCUCAACAACAGCACAGGACAAUCUCCGCAUCACAAGGUGCAGAGAAGUAUAUCUUCCAGCCAGAAGCAGCGACGGUACAGUGAUCAUGGUGAGCGUUCCUUGCCUCAUUAUGUCAGAAUUUUUGGUGGCAUGGAACAGUUGGGGAAAUCAGUGCGGACAUCCUCUGUAGUUCAGCCUCUAAAAACCAGCGAGUUUGGAAUGCUAGAGAGCGGCAUGUUUGGGAUGAAGAGUUUUCAUAUCCUUUUUGAGGGAAGGUUUCGAUUUGAUGUGGAAAUCCACCGUGUGCCAUAA